AUGUUUGUGAACAACUCUGCACGAGCACCUAAGGAGUCUUACCUCCCUAAUAGCCCGUGGUGGCGCGUACGUAUCUCUAUUGAGAUGUACGAAGGGAUUGACAACCUGAAAUCCCUUUACGACCGUGCCGGGAAGACUUUCUCCGGUGGUCCUUCUGCGGCACAGGAUGUGCCGCGUCGUACUGCUCAAUUCGACCCAGUACGUCGAUCAUCAGUUGGGAGCGGGGCUCCCAAGAAUCCCAGGACGGGGGAUAGCCGCGCCACCGGACGAGAUAACUCGUCCGACGUCCGUUCACGUCGCGGUGGUUCAACAGCUGCUCAACUAGAUAGCGCUGGCCACCGCGAGAGUCCUCUAAUGGAGGUGGAGGAGGAGGAAAGACGCUCUCCACACGAUCAUGUGGAUCGGUGUGUUCCCGAGAGCUUCUUUGAUCGCGUAACGCAAGGGUUACGCGACGAUCUCGGACAUGAGCGGAAUAGGCGUCUCCAAAUGGCGGACACUGCCUCGAAGCAUCGAGCUGAGUUUGCCUUUGCUCAGCUUGAGAACGAGAGAUCUCUGACAUCUCUUCGUGACGAGCUAAGGGUAGCUCGUGGGAUUGUUGAUCGGUCUCGGGAUGAGAUAGCUGCUCUUCAGACCCUUGUCGGAGCCCACCAUCGGGAGCACAAGGCUCUCUGCGAGAUGCUUGAGCGCAAGGGCGUUCUUCAUCGGAAGAAGCAGCGUACUGAUGGUACGGCUUAA